UUCCGGCAUUUAGCCUUUACCCGAACUAAACAUUUGUCUGACUUUGACGAAGUGAAAGCUUCUUCGAUCUUCCAGUAAAGAUGCUGGUCUUAGUACUUGGUGAUCUUCACAUUCCUCAUCGCUGUAACAGCCUCCCAGCAAAGUUUAAGAAGUUACUUGUACCCGGAAAAAUUCAGCAUAUAUUAUGCACUGGAAACCUAUGUACAAAAGAGACUUUUGAUUACUUGAAAACCCUUGCAAGUGAUGUUCAUGUUGUCAGAGGAGAUUUUGAUGAGAAUCUGAACUAUCCUGAGCAGAAAGUAGUUACAGUAGGACAGUUUAGGAUAGGACUAUGUCAUGGACAUCAGAUGGUCCCUUGGGGUGAUACCGAGAGUCUUGCAUUGGUUCAACGGCAGUUGGAUGUGGAUAUCCUUAUUUCGGGACACACACAUAAAUUUGAAGCUUUUGAGCAUGAAAACAAAUUUUACAUCAAUCCUGGAUCAGCAACAGGAGCUUAUAAUCCUCUAGACAGUAAUGUCACCUCAUCCUUUGUAAUUCUGGAUAUCCAGCAGUCAACAGUUGUUGCCUAUGUUUACAAGCUAGUUCAAGAUGAUGUCAAAGUUGAGAGAAUAGAAUACAAAAAGAACUGACAUUUUCCACCUCAUCAUGUAGUCCUGUGACUGUGACGUUAUGUUGUUUAUAGUGCAAUAAGACUAUUGAGUGUUAGGUGUCCUGAGUUGCUCAGGUAGACUGUUGCUAUGUUUUCUUGUCUGUGUGCAUAAACAUAUGAAUAUUUACAUCUCAGAAAUGUCUGAAACAAUAUAUGUAUUGACAAUUAAUAUAAUAUUUUAUAUAAUCAAAUAUUCUUCUGCAUGUUAAUGAUGAGCAAUUAUCCCUAUAUUCAUUUGUUAUAUUCAUGAUCCCUUGGGUGUAGGCCUGAAGGUGGAACUAUAAGUUUGUAACAAACUAAAAAAAUACUGUAUACAUGAGUAUUUUCACCCCCUUUUUUCACCCAACUCACAGAUGGGUGAAUUUAAAACAGGGUGAAUUCAAAGAGCACAGUAUAAAUGAACUGUUACUGGGGGAAUUUAAAAGGGGGCAAAAUUGUUUGAAAGUGAGAAAGAGCAAAAAUAACAUGAGUUGAAAAUAACUCUGUAUACAGUAACUCUUUGAAAGUAUUUUUUUCUUCUUAACAAUUGAAAUGUUUGCAUGAGUAGAAGAAGCUAUGAUUACUCUAUAAAUAACCCCUUUGAAUCCAGGCCUAUAAAUGGUGAAAAGUUGGUCUUAAAAUAAAAAUUGUAUUAUGUCUUUAAGAAUCAUCUCAAUUUCAGUCAUAUCAGAGUCAAACUGUGUGCAUUAACAAAGUUUUAGGCCGCUACUAAAAUUGUGCCUACUUGUUGGGCUAAAUUGAUAAUAAAUUACAUGAAAAUGCA